CCACCCGUUCCAACUUGUUAUGGCAGGAAGAAGCCUACCGUGGAAGGGUUUGAACGUUGUCAGUCGGGAAAGUUAACUUGUUCCAGUAAUGGAAACGAAUUUGAGAUGACUGCAAUAUUGGAGUCUACAGCGAUAUAACAAAGAACAACUUGUUGUAUAGAAAAAUAUUUUUGAAGUAGGAAGAACCGUAUUUUUUUUUACCGAGUUUUAGCCUAGCUAGCUAGCAUUACAUUAGCCAUCAGUCACUACCGCACAGACACUCAGAGAGGCACUCAAUGUUUUUUUGGGAGGGGAUUACGGACGACUCUCCUUGCGACUAAAAUUGCACAACAUUAGUUGUAAUCGUAAAGUUUUGUUUGUUCCAUCAACAGAGUCGUCAAGAGUAGCUACAAUACGUUUUCUUUCCACUGUUUGGGGGUACUUUGAAUUUCCCUCCUUUUUCAAUCCCAGGCGGAUGAAAAGGGGUUUGGGUUUGUUGUCUAGCACCAGUUAACUAGCCAUUUGCUAAUAGUUGUAGUCAGUUCUCAAGGGUACUUAGCUAUACUUUUUGUUCUUCCCGUCGGGAAGGACAACUUUUGAUAACUUUGUAUCGAGGCAAAGUCGGGAAAUCACCGGGUGUGUUUGUGGAUUUAUUUUUGUUCUCCCUUUGAGGAAACUAUCUCUACACAAAUGGAUCCUAAUUCUGGGAAUUCUGCCUCUGCCUCUGCUCCCAAAAGCAAGAAGGACAAGAAAGAAAAGAAAAACUAUGAAGAUGGAGACGGCAAAAAGAAAUUUAAACUCAAACGGCUGAUUCCUGAUGAGUUGGAGCGUUUCACCAGCAUGAGGAUGAAGAAGGACAAGGAGAAGCCUCAUGCAGCCGGGCAGCGCCACUCCAACGCUGCCCACUACGAGCUUCCUACCCAGGGGACCAUGCUGCACGACCACCCUGACGAAUACGUCCUGGAACUCUUCGAACAGAUGCUGGUGGAUAUGAACUUGAACGAGGAGAAGCAGCGGCCUCUGCGGGCGAAAGACAUCGUCAUCAAACGAGAGAUGGUGUCUCAGUACCUCCACACGUCCAAAGCUGGUCAGAACCAGAAGGAGAGCUCCAAGUCAGCCAUGAUAUACAUCCAGGAGCUGAGGACUGAGCCCAGAGACGCACAGCUCCUGGGCUGUCUGGAAUCACUCCGGGUCUCCCUCAACAACAACCCUGUCAGCUGGGUGCAGAACUUUGGAGACGAGGGCCUGGUUCUGCUGCUCAACAUCAUGAGGAAAAUCCAGGAGGAGAGGGACGAGUACCCAAACAUGGGCAUGAAGUGUCAACACGAGAUUGUGCGCUGUCUCAAAGCCUUCAUGAACAACAAGUAUGGUCUGAAGGCCAUGUUGACGUCUGCCGAGGGCAUCCCUCUGCUGGUCCGAGCCAUCAACCCCCGGGUCCCUCACAUGAUGGUGGAUGUGGUCAAACUGCUCUCGGCCAUCUGCAUCCUGGAACACCCUGACAACCUUCAUGAGCGUGUUCUGGAGGCCAUCACUGAGGAGGCAGAAAAGCAGGACAAUGAGAGGUUUCAGCCACUCCUCUUAGGUAUGAACAAGCCCAACAUCGCCUUGAAGAAUGGCUGUAUGCAGCUCAUCAAUGCUCUCAUCAGCCGAGGAGAAGAGCUGGACUACAGGAUCCACAUCCGCUCAGAGCUGCUGAGACUGGGCCUACGAGACCUGCUGACGGAUAUUAGGACCAUAGAGAAUGAGGAGCUGAGGGUGCAGCUCAGUGUUUUUGACGAGCAGGCCGAGGAUGACUCUGAUGAACUCCAGGCCCGCCUCAACGACGUGCGCAUCGAGAUGGAUGACGUGACCGAGGUGUUCCAGAUCCUGAUGAACACGGUCAAAGACUCCAAGGCCGAAACACACUUCCUGUCUCUGAUGCAGCACCUGCUGCUGGUUCGCAACGACUACAUGGUCAGGCCCCAGUACUACAAGCUGAUAGAUGAGUGUAUAGCUCAGAUCGUGUUGCACAGGAACGGAGCCGACCCAGACUUCAAGUGCCGUAAUCUCAGCCUGGACGUUGAGGGGUUAAUUGGUAAGAGAGCCACUCCAUAGAGUUCCAUGUGUGCA